AUGUCCGUAUCUGAGUAUACAGACAAAUUUGAGGAGCUAUUUAGGUUUUCCCGCAUGUGUCAGGGAGCUCCGGGAGACUUUGAGGAAUGGAAGUGUAUUAAGUAUGAGGGAGGACUUCGAAGUGAAAUCCUGAGCUCCGUUGGACCGAUGGAGAUUAGGGUCUUCUCCGAACUUGUAAACAAGAGCCGUAUUGCUGAAGAAUGUGUGAGGAAGGUUGUUGAGGCAAAGAAUGACCAUCGGGGGUCCCACCGCAGGGAGCACAAUCAAGAGUGCCCAACAAGGGGUCAAGAGUUUAAGAGAAGAGGAUACCCACAACAUUUUCCUCAAAGGCGAAAUGACCUUGCGACGAGUGAGGAGUCCCAAAGAAACAGUAAGGAAAAACGGGCAGCGGCUGCUUCUGCUGUUUCGAGCUGUCAGAGGUGUGGAAGUCAUCACCCAAAUAGGCCGUGCCGAUUGGGGUCAGGCGUAUGUUACAAGUGCGGGUUACCAGGGCAUGUAUCAAGAAAUUGCCAACAAGGAGAGAGUCAGGAUGCGGCCGAUUGCGGCAGUAAGAUUGAGAUUGCUCGUGAACUUAAGAUCAUUCUUGGUUCUGAAUUUUGCAUGGCAUAUGAAGAAGCAAUGAAGUAUGGUGGCAAGGUGGUACUUGGAGAUCGGCUUAUUGAGGUUGGAUGA